AUGGAUUACCGACCACCUACGAGGCAGGCAAGAGCCAUCCUCGAGAAAGCGCCGGCUCAAGAGACUGAAUACAUGGGCAUGCUUUUGCAUAUGAGCCAAGUCAUCGAGAAAAGGCCGUACUGGAACAUCCUCGCAGCAGCCUGCACCUGGAUUCUCCUGGCAGGGUUUAUCGUCUUGCCUGGUACCUACACCAACUUCCAAAAUUCCGACAUCAUAGAGGCCGCGAAGAAGGAUCAGAGCAAUGUGGGAAACAAGAUUCUGGCGUCCAUCGCAAAUAUCGGGCUUUUGAUUGUUGCAGCCAUUCUGUGUGGAGUCGGAGUUUUGGGAGUCACAGGAUUGUGGUUGAAAUGGAGAGCAAACUACAUCUGGUUAAUCAACAAAGUGUUACUACCUGCGCUUCUAAACUCCGUCAUGGGCCUGCUCUCUACGCUCGUUAACGUCUUGAGCAAACCCGACAAAACUUUCAGUUUGACUGCUAAGGUCACCACCGGUGUCACAGGUGGACUGACGCUGAUUUGGACUUUCAUGUUUCUUUAUUACAAUAACUACCUGUUGGACGCGGUCAAGGCUGACCAUAGGCGAGCGUAUGGUGACCAAGACGCCAAAGACGCGAUAGCCAACAGCAAUGGGCAACCUGUAGUGCGGCUCAUCGACGUCGCGGAGGUCAACGCUCCCCACACCACAGAAGAAAUGUUUCACUCCCUCGAUCUGGUCACACUGGUCGACGCCCCCAACUUCGAGAUCAGGCUUGUGCUGAUGUCGAGGAAUGCUUUGAGCUCUGUCAGAAGCGAGGACUGCAUCUUGAUCCUGAUGUCAGAAUCGGCGCUGCUGCUUGCUCCGCUGCAACCCAAAGGCAACCGUUUCUCCGUCUUGGAAACAUUCGAUGCUGGCAUGCCUACGCAACCCGCGACCCCUCCGCAAUGUCCAUUCACGUUCUCGCUACCUCUACCGGACUCUAGUCCGGAAGCUAGUAUAGCGGUGAAGGAUUCCCCUUGCCAGAGGCCAUCUCGCCAAGUUGAGACUACCUGCAGACCAGUUCAGAGAAUGCCAAAUAAUACUGGAUUUGACUUGAACUCGCCCUCUAUACCUAUGACACCAGCUUCCGCUCCUGAGGUUCGACUACCUGAUAUCCACCCAUGCGAAUCAGAGGACGCUCAUACCCAGCCAGAGCCACCUUCUCUAAAUGAUUUUACGAUCCCGAGUCCUUUACUUUACCAUAGCAAGAGUCGCGAGGACUUGCUAGGCGAUUCUAAAGAAAUAGACAGUUCGAAAAAUGGCAAAAUUGUUAUCCCUGGACAUAAACGUUCUGAUCCCAAGUUCGAAAGCUUCAAACUGGGUAGCCCACUACAGCGGCCAUGCGAUGACCGCCAAAGCCGCAGCCUCCUCAAUACCAGAUUGAAUCGACUCGAUAACAUGGAUUUUCAUUCAAUCAAUGAUGCAAAAUUCUAUCAAGACACGCGCACGUAUCUUACCUCCCCGUACGAGCGCAAAACAAAAUGUACCGUCGAAGCAACCUCAGAAGAUGAACCUCCGAUUCUAACCCCGACGAACAUGCUGAGUCAAAGACCAACGCAUAUCUAUCCCGGAGAAUUUGCCGUAAACCCGCCAAUCAGAUUGCCUUCCUCUAACAGGAAUACGGACAGCCCAGCAACAGGGGUAGCUGAGCAGCCAUCUCCAGCGCCUGCGAGCGCCGUCAACCUCGAUGACUCUUGGGGCUGCAAGGGCCAAAUCUAUUUAAAUGCCGGCCUUGCUACACCGCCACCAGAGAAACGUGAUGAACAAUCACCAGCACCCUUGAGCGAGACAAUCAAAAAUGAAUGCAAAGAACGGAGAAAGAGAAGGAGAAGGAGAAGGGCAGCGAAGAGGACUAACUGUGCACAUGCACGUGCUCAGGAAACAUCGUCAGAGGGAAACAAUACUUCUGUUUCCCCACUAGAGCCAAUCCGAUCGCCCUUGGACGAAAAGAUCACCCAGACUUUCCCGUCCAACAACUCAUACCCAACCAGACCGGACACAUCCAAGGCAUCAGCUACACCAUCACGCUUACCACGAGCAGUCACAUCACCAUCUACAUGCGAGUCCCGCUCGCCAGCAGCAAGCUCACCUCCACCAUUAUCAUCUAUCGCGUACUCUCCCUCUCCGCCUGGAAAAGCGUACGGGGACCAAACUCCCGACAUGGUCAAGCUUCAAGCCUGCCCAACGACGACUUGCACAGCACUAGUGAUCAUCAUUCCCCCGACCACGGAAGAGCUUGUUUCAGAAAGUCACCAAGAUAGAUGUCGCUGGCUCCUCGGCAGACGUGGGCCUGUCGAGGUGGCCGCGGCAAGGUUUGCGGAAGAGCUGGGGCUCGAGACUGAGCAUGCCCAGGGGUGCGCAUUCGAUGGGAAGCGGAGGAUCCGUGAUGAUAAGCACGAGGACGAGGACAUGGGAGGUGAGACGGGUACGGAGACGGUGGUGGAUCAACGCAACGGUGCGGGUAGUUCCCCUGCUGUAGAGGAAGCCAAGGAAGAUCAUGAAGAUGGAGUAAUGGUAGUUGGCUCUGCCUCUGCCUCUGCGGAUGGCUGGGAGGAUGAGUGGGUAGGAGCAGGAAAAAGCAAGGACUUCUGGAUUUGA